CUCUCUUUCUGUCUCUCUCUGUCUCUCUCCCUCUCAUUCCGCAGAACUCGGAACGGAUUUCACAAUAACUUUGUUCUCCUGAGAAACCCUUUGGCCCUGGUCCCGCCUCCCUCUUCUUGACAAUGCCGAUUAUGCGCCCGCAGUUUUGGUACAGUGUCUAUCUUAUUCUGUUCGUGACAGCGAGAUUCACGCACUCCGGAAGACCGGUCAGAGCUUUGGCUUUUCGUAAAGGCAGCACCUUUUUCGUAAGUGUUAUGUGGUAUCUCUAUCGUUUGCCUUAUACGACGAUCUUCGCGCAAGCGGCGGGUUUUAAGGCGGCAUGGGAACUGCCGACCACCGGUGGGCCUCGAAACAUCCGGUCCAUCUCCGAUAUCCACGAAUGCGCCGAGCUUGUAUACGAAAGUCAUGGCUUUGAUGGUCGUUCCUGCUUGCUAAAGAAUAUCUGUCAGACAUUACAAUAUGCGAGACGGAAGGACGGUGUUCUAGGGAAGAUAUUGAAGUUACUCGCGGGGUUGUAUAUUAAUAAUGAUACUUGGCACGAAGAUCCGCUGUUCUGUGAGUAUCAUACCAGGAAUUGCCCUCUGGAAUUAGUCGGGUUUAAUAGUUUUACGGAGAAUUAGUACCGACGUAUACCAGAGAGUGCAAGUUACGAGGAAUUAUUCGGUUGCGUCGUAGACAAAUUAUACGUUAAAUGCAAUAUAUACAUAUAACAUUACUACAUUACGAUUAUAUUUGUAAAAA